UAUUUUGGAAUAAAUAUCGAAUAAUUCCGCUGCCCUUUUAUUAAUUACUUAGGACUUGACGAGCUCAACUUAAAUUAUUGUUUAUUCUUAUCCUUCGAUCUUGAAAUCAUCGAACCCUAGUAUUGUUUUUGGGCGCUCUUUACUGAGGCGUUCUCACGCUCUGGGCUUUUCAUUUAGGUGAAACAAUGGCGUCUCGUGCAAGGGAUCUGCUUGGAGAUGUACAGGCUGCUCAUCAAUUUGAUGAGAACGCACUGUUAAGAUAUUGCCAGGAAAAUGUCGAGGGAUUUCCCGUUGAACUGAUCACUUUCAGAGUUUUGCAGUUUAGGCAUGGGCAAUCAAAUCCAACAUAUUGUCUUGAAGUUCAAUCAACAUCUUCAGUCAAACGUUAUGUCCUAAGAAAAAAGCCUCCUGGGAGGUUGCUUGAAACUGCUCAUGCUGUAGAAAGAGAAUUUCAGGUUCUCAAGGCCUUAGGAGACAAUACUCGUGUUCCUGUUCCAAAGGCUUUUUGCUUGUGCUCGGAUGUUAGCGUAAUAGGUACUGCCUUCUACAUCAUGGAGUAUUUGGAGGGCCGCAUAUUUCUAGAUCCUAAGCUACCGGGAUUGAACCCAACCGUAAGGAAAUCUAUAUACCUUUCUAGUGCAAAGGCAUUAGCUGCUUUACACAGUGUUGAUGUGGAUUCUGUAGGAUUGAGAAAAUAUGGAAGACGAGAUAACUAUUGCAGGAGGCAGAUUGAAAGGUGGGCGAAACAAUAUCUUUCUGCUACUGGUGAAGGAAAACUUGAACGCAACCCAAAAAUGCUAAACUUGGUUGACUGGCUUAACUACCAUAUACCGCCUGAAGACUCUUCAGGAGCAUCAGGAACCGGACUUGUUCAUGGAGACUACCGAAUUGAUAAUCUCGUGUUCCAUCCUUCAGAGGAACGAGUGAUUGGUAUUCUUGAUUGGGAACUAUCAACCCUGGGAAACCAAAUGUCUGAUGUUGCAUAUACAUGCAUGCCUUACAUUUUGGAUUUGACAUCGAAUGAUGCAAUUUCUGGAGUCGAAUAUGUCAACAUUCCGGAAGGAAUCCCUUCACAAGCAGAGUACCUGGCUGAGUACUGUUCAGCAGCUCAAUUUUUUCACAGAACCUUAGUAACGCAGGGAAGACCAUGGCCAUAUAAACAUUGGAAAUUUUACAUUGCCUUUUCCAUGUUUCGUGGAGCGUCUAUUUAUGCGGGGGUGUAUCACAGAUGGAACCAGGGCAAUGCUACAGGAGGUGAACGAGCCCAGAAUACAGGAAGAUUAGCAAACAAUCUGAUUGAGACAGCGUGGGCAUUUAUCGCUAGAGAUGAUGUGCUUCCCAGCAGGCCUCCGUCUGCUUUAGGUGGUGCUCAUGUCCCACUUGAAAGAGAGGGGGUGGCUGGUGACAUGGAUAGAGGAAGAUAUGUCUUGCGUCCAGAUGUUCAAGAGCUGAGAAGUAAAUUGCUGAAGUUCAUUGACAAUCAUAUAUACCCAUUGGAAGAAGAAUUCAACAAGCUUGCAAAUUCAAGCAUGCGCUGGACAGUGCAUCCUGAGGAGGAACGUUUAAAAGAGAUGGCUAGAAUGGAAGGCUUAUGGAAUUUGUGGAUACCUGAGGACACUGCUAAAAGGGCAAGGCUGCUUUUAGGUGGAUCAAUGGGUGAUUCCCUUGAGUAUGGAAAGGCUCAAUUGCUGGGUGCUGGGCUUUCAAACCUUGAAUAUGCUUAUUUGUGUGAGAUUAUGGGACGCUCGAAUUGGGCUCCUCAAAUUUUCAACUGCAAUGCACCUGACACAGGAAAUAUGGAGGUAUUGCUUCAGUAUGGAACCCGGGAACAACAAUUAGAGUGGCUUGUUCCACUACUGGAAGGACGAAUUCGCUCUGGAUUUGCAAUGACCGAACCACAAGUUGCAUCUUCAGAUGCGACAAACAUUGAGUGCUCAAUCACACGUCAAGGUGACCACUACAUUAUCAACGGGAAUAAAUGGUGGACAAGUGGAGCAAUGGAUCCUAGGUGCAAACUUUUAAUUGUCAUGGGGAAAACAGAUCAAACUGCUCCUAGGCAUUGGCAGCAGUCCAUGAUUCUUGUGGAUAUUCAAAGUCCUGGUGUGUGUGUGAAGAGGCCUUUGAAAGUUUUUGGCUUUGAUGAUGCUCCCCAUGGGCACGCAGAAGUGUCAUUCACAAGUGUGUGUGUCCCAAUUACAAAUUUGUUGCUGGGAGAAGGCCGUGGCUUUGAGAUUGCCCAAGGUAGGCUUGGGCCAGGCCGGUUACACCAUUGCAUGCGGCUGAUUGGUGCUGCAGAGCGUGGUCUUUCUAUGAUGGUUGAGAGGGCUCAAAAGAGAAAAGUGUUUGGGAAGUUGAUUGCAGAACAAGGUUCAUUUCUAUCUGAUCUUGCUAAGUGUCGUGUGGAACUGGAGAAGACAAGAUUGCUAGUGCUAGAAGCCGCAGAUCAGCUUGAUCGGUUUGGAAACAAGAAAGCACGAGGAAUCAUAGCAAUGGCAAAGGUUGCAGCUCCCAAUAUGGCUUUGCAGGUACUAGAUAGGGCAAUCCAAGUGCAUGGAGCCGCAGGAGUUUCUUCGGAUACGGUGUUGGCUCAUCUUUGGGCCACAGCUCGAACCUUGAGGAUUGCAGAUGGCCCUGAUGAAGUCCAUUUGGGAACCAUAGCCAAGUUGGAGUUGCAGAGAGCUAAGUUAUGAUAGAGAUUAGUGUAAGAAAGUGGGGUUGAGUAUACAUCAUACUUUCGCAAUUACAUGGGUGACCUCCUAAAUUUAUGUAGUCCAGAUUUAUUGUAGGGGUGUUUAUGAUGCUUGUGCAUGAAAAUAAUAGGGUGGUUGAUCUUCUAGGAAGCCCUUGGGGUCCAUUUGCGCACACAACUUAUCAAGGAAUGAAAAUGAAAAUGAAAAUAAUGCUGAAUAGUUAAAUCUUUGCAAGUUGGUGGCACUUUCUUGUAUAAAUCUUGUGCUAAUUAAUAAUAUUGCUUUAUUGCUGGUUC